GAAAGGUUUCUUAAAAUGAAGAGUGAAAAUGGUGAAGUGGUGACUGGUGAGGACCGAAGAAAUUUCCCGUAAAAACGCCCGCGAGAUUGACUCGUCCAGAAAACAAAAGAAUUAUUCAACUCAUCGUCAUCACCAGCUCCAUUUCACUUGGCAGGAAGACUUGGAUCUGAGCUCACUUAAGCUGCUUCUCCAUUGGAGCUCAAGCUUAGCAAGAAUUUCUUGGAACCAAGUUAUUAACCAAUGGCGAAAUCAAGACAACGAUAUUCAGUUCAGGAUCCAUCUCAAUCACCAACUGGUACUAGAACAAGGGAGGAUGACCAGUCAAGAUGGACCGAGUACUUGGGGCCAGAUAUGAGUUCUCCAGUUGCAGCUCGGAGUACUAGGAAUACUGCCCAUGAUGGCCAGAACCCCAGUUCAGUUGGGUCCCAUAAGGGUUUGAAUGUUCAGUGGGUGUACCAGCUUAUUGAAGUUGCAGAUGGUCUUAUGGCUAAAAUAUAUAGGUUGAACCAAAUCUUAGACUAUCCCGAUCCAAUUGCUCAUGUAUUUUCUGAAGCAUUUUGGAAAGCAGGAGUUUUACCCAACCACCCAAGGAUUUGCAUAUUGCUCUCAAAAAAAUUUCCUGAGCAUUUUAGCAAAUUACAACUUGAACGUGUUGAUAAAAUUGCUCUAGACGCUAUCAAUGAUAGUGCAGAACUUCAUAUGCAAAGUCUGGAACCAUGGGUUCAGCUGCUUCUUGAUUUGAUGGCAUUUCGAGAACAGGCUCUGCGACUUAUACUGGACAUUAGUAGUACAGUUAUAACUUUAUUGCCCCAUCAAAAUUCAGUCAUCCUGCAUGCUUUUAUGGAUCUCUUUUGUUCCUUCAUCCGUGUUAACUUGUUUGCGCAUAAGUUGCCAAGGAAAAUGAUGCUUCAGAUUUAUAACCUCCUGCACGCCAUGACAAGAAAUGAUCGAGACUGUGAUUUUUAUCAUCGGCUGGUUCAAUUCAUUGACUCAUAUGAUCCACCUUUGAAAGGACUACAAGAAGAUCUAAAUUUUGUCAGCCCCCGUAUUGGAGAGGUCUUAGAGGCAGUGGGUCCUAUUAUUUUUCUGUCAACAGAUACAAGGAAACUUAGAAAUGAAGGAUUUUUAAGUCCAUAUCACCCUCGAUAUCCAGACAUACUUACAAAUUCUGCUCAUCCAAUGAGAGCACAAGAUCUUGCAAAUGUCACUUCCUAUCGGGAGUGGGUAUUGUUUGGGUAUCUUGUUUGUCCUGAUGAGCUGCUUCGUGUAACCAGCAUUGACAUUGCUCUGGUCGUACUGAAGGAAAACUUAAUUCUUUCAUUAUUUCGAGAUGAGUUCAUACAUCUACAUGAGGAUUAUCAAUUAUAUGUUUUACCAAGAGUAUUAGAAUCAAAGAAGAUGGCCAAAUCUGGGCGUACAAAGCAGAAAGAAGCCGAUCUGGAGUAUAGUGUUGCCAAGCAGGUUGAAAAAAUGAUCAGUGAGAUCCAGGAACAAGCAAUGGUGUCUUGUGAUGCCAUACAUCAUGAGAGGAGAAUAUUUCUCAAGCAAGAGAUUGGAAGAAUGGUGAUAUUCUUCACUGAUCAACCAAGUUUAUUAGCCCCUAAUAUUCAGAUGGUGUUUUCUGCGCUGGCUUUAGCACAAUCUGAAGUGACCUGGUAUUUUCAACAUGUGGGAAUUGCAUCCUCAAAAUCCAAAGCUGCCAGGAUUAUACCAGUAGACAUAGAUCCUAGCGAUCCAACUAUUGGAUUCCUUAUAGAUGGAAUGGAUCGCCUGUGUUGUUUAGUGCGCAAGUACAUUGCAGAAUCCGGUUUUUGUUGGGUACUCCUGGAAUGGUGGCUCUCGACUUAGAUGCCAGUUUAAAGGGGCUUCUUCAGCAAAUUGUUCUUCACCUUGAAGGCAUACCUAAGCCACAGGGCGAAAACAUAUCUACACUCACAUGUGAUCUCUCAGACUUACGAAAGGAUUGGCUGUCAGUAUUGAUGAUUGUCACAUCUUCCCGGUCUUCUAUUAACAUUAGACACUUGGAGAAGGCAACUGUCUCCACUGGGAAAGAGGGCUUAUUAUCAGAAGGAAAUGCUGCAUAUAACUGGUCCAGAUGUGUUGACGAGCUAGAAUCCCAAUUAUCAAAGCACGGAAGUCUUAAAAAGCUUUAUUUCUACCACCAGCACCUUGCAACAGUCUUCAGAAAUACAAUGUUUGGACCUGAAGGGCGACCUCAACAUUGCUGUGCAUGGCUUGGCAUUGCUAGUAGUUUUCCCGAGUGUGCUUCUCCAAUUGUCCCAGAGGAGGUCACCAGAAUCGGCAGGGACGCUGUGCUCUAUGUAGAAUCUCUCAUUGAAUCUAUUAUGGGUGGUUUGGAGGGGUUAAUUAACAUCCUUGAUUCUGAAGGAGGAUUUGGUGCCUUAGAGAUUCAGCUUCUGCCGGAGCAAGUAGCUUCAUUUCUAAAUUAUGCCUCGAGAGCUUCAAUUCCUUUAAAUAAAUCUCCAAAAGGAGCAGCUGGCUUUCCCUUACCUGGCUAUGAAAGCUAUCCUGAAAAUAAUGGUUCAAUCAAAAUGCUUGAAGCUGCAAUGCAAAGGUUGACCAAUCUAUGUUCUGUUCUGAAUGAUAUGGAGCCUAUAUGUGUUCUAAAUCACGUUUUUGUGCUGAGGGAGUAUAUGAGAGAGUGCAUCCUUGGCAACUUCAGGAGGAGGUUACUUGUUGUAAKAAAAACCGAGAAUGAUCUUCAGCGACCUUCUGUUUUAGAAUCUCUGAUUCGUCGGCAUAUCAGCAUUGUCCAUCUUGCAGAGCAGCAUAUUAGCAUGGACCUUACCCAGGGAAUACGAGAAGUUUUGCUUGCGGAGGCAUGCUCAGGUCCAGUUUCAUCUCUGCACUUAUUUGAGAAGCCAGCAGAGCAACAGACAGGGUCAGCAGCUGAAGCUGUCUGUAACUGGUACAUUGAAAAUAUAAUCAAGGAUACUUCAGGUGCUGGAAUUCUAUUUGCACCAGUUCACAAAUGCUUCAAGAGUACAAGGCCUGUGGGUGGAUAUUUUGCUGACUCUGUCACAGAUGCCAGGGAACUACAGGCCUUUGUUCGCAUAUUUGGUGGUUAUGGAGUGGAUAAGCUAGAGCGUAUGCUAAAAGAACAUACAGCUGCACUUUUAAACUGCAUUGACACAUCGUUGAGGUCUAACCAUGAGGUGCUAGAGUCGGUUGCCAGCAGUCUUCAUUCUGGUGACCGAGUUGAAAGAGAUGCAUCUAUCAAACAAAUUGUUGAUAUGGAGACAGUAGUUGGAUUUUGUAUUCAAGCAGGUCUAGCUCUGGCUUUUGAUAAGAACUUAGCUGAAGCAGCUGGAAUCGUUCUCGAAGAUAGUGCAUCCUUGAUUUAUUCAUUAUUAGCUGGGUUUGUUAAACAUAUACCCGAUGCUUUACCUGAAAGGAAGGAUAUUAGGAGGAUGAGAGAAGUGGCUAACAGUGUUGCAGUAAUCUCUGAUCAUGAUUCACAGUGGAUAAGAUCUAUUUUGGAAGAUGUGGGGGGUGCGAAUGAUGGUUCGUGGGCUUUGUUACCAUAUUUAUUUGCCUCCUUUAUGACUUCUAACAUUUGGAACUUAACCGCCUUCAAUGUUGAUACGGGAGGCUUCAACAGUAAUAUCCAUUGCCUGGCAAGGUGCAUCACUGCAGUGAUUGCUGGAAGUGAGUAUGUGAGAUUGGAUCGUGAACAUGAGCAGAGACAGACCUUUCAAAAUGGUCAUGUUGGUGGAACAUUGAAUUCUGAGGCCGACAGUAUUACAUCCGUUGAAGCAAGUAUAAAGUCUACAAUGCAGCUCUUCGUAAAACUUGCCGCUGGGAUCAUUUUAGAUUCAUGGAGUGAAACAAACAGAUCUCAUCUUGUAGCCCAACUCAUCUUUCUUGAUCAACUAUGUGAGGUCUCACCUUACCUUCCAAGAAGCUCUUUGGAGCCGUAUGUUCCUUAUGCCAUUCUACGUUCAAUAUAUAGCCAGUACUAUGCCAAUUCUCCAGGGCCAUUGGCACUCCUCAGUCCAUCCCCACGCCAUUCCCCUGCAGUAUCUCAUGCAUCCCCUGCACCACGACAGCCUCGUGGUGAUGCUACUCCUCAGUAUGGCAGUAGUGAUUUGAGUUACUUCAAAGGAUCAAUGAAUCCUAUCUAUGAUCAUGAUAGCGGUAGCUCGAGAAGCAUCGAAACUAAACACCGGAAUGCCCAUCGAUCGGGCCCUUUGGAUUAUAGUUCUAGCCGCAAAGUGAAAUUUGUCGAGGGUUCAACUUCAGGCAGCUCUGGUCCUAGCCCCCUUCCUAGGUUUGCUGUCUCAAGGUCUGGACCGCUAGCAUACAAGUAAAACUGCCUUAGCCAAAUAGUAAUAUACAUAAGUUAUCCAUUUUUCCUUU